ACGGUGAACCGAGAACCGAGAACGCGAGCACUGAGCAUUGAGCAGCGAUCGUGGAGUGGCUAGCGUUGAUCGUUGAUCAUCUCGAGUUGUUAAUUGUUGCGCUUUGUGACCGUGCUAAAUGUUUCGCUUUGUGGCCCGGGCUUAGGCAUGUCGACAUCAGCUGCCGCCGCCAGUGGUUGAGCAAUUGCAGAACAUAGAGCGACACAGUUAUUCCAUGUGUAUAAAUAGUCUGACAAACGAGGUCUUCUUUAAACUCUGUCUGUGACUUUCUCGCUGCUACACUGAGUAUUGUCGUCGAUUGUAUUGAUAAAGUAAGACAGCAGUGCAGUGCAGUUGAGCGGCGACGUUAACUGGAACAACAUGAACAAAUUGCGAACUCUGCUGCCGGGCCAGCAUGCCAAAGACACAGCGCGCAAUUCGGUCGCCCUGGAACCGGAGAUUGGCUUCCAGAUAACCAUUGAGACGCACGACCCAAAGGAGGGCAGUCAGCAGAGCUUUGCGGGCUCAAACGGUACGGCGGGCGUACCCGAGUUGAAUGUGCACCUGAUUGCGGCGCGACACCUGCCUUCCCUAUUCGGCUUCAAGAUCGUUCAGGGCUAUCUAAUAAAGGUUAAACUGUUUCCCGGCACUAAGCGCUUGGAUAGCAGCGUUCAGACCAACACAUGGCCCAAGUUCAAUGAAAAUUUCAAGUUUCCUCUAGUGCCAGACAUUAAGCCAUCCCUGAAGCAUGGCUCCGCCUUCUCCUCCAGACGCCAGGUGCAGAGACGCACGAGUGGCGACACUUCCGCACCUGAAGAGCUUUUCGCCGGCCAAUUCGUGGUGUUUACAGUAUAUGCUCUGCUGGAGCUGCCUGCCGCCAGUUUCAAUCGAUUCAACAAGACCUAUCGCUCCCUAAAAGAUAAGAGCUCCACUUUCGUGCAGCGGCUCUCCUCCGGCGAAGUCCAGACUGAAAAUGGGUCAACGCCAAAGAAUGGAAAGAGCAAGAAGACAACAGAAAAUCCUAGGGAUGCCAUGCCACCGUUAACAAUAAGUGAAUCACGUAGAAAUAUAGGUUCCGUCACUUGCUAUCUGGAGCCGAAGCUGUUUAAGCGCAAUUCUCGCACCGGCUGCUAUUCGACUGAGGAGCUCUGGCUGCCCAUUAAAGAUAUAACCACAACCGUUUCAAAAACAACGCCCAGCAACAACAACAACAACAGCAGCAGCAGCAGCAGCAGCAACCUCACGAAUGCGCCCAAGGGCGUGGUGGAGUUGGCGCUGGAGGUGCGCGAUCUCAGCGAGAGCGAGGGCACGGGCCCUAGUCCGCAGCCCACGGAGACGAAGGACAUUCCAGUGGCGGCAGGUGCCAACAAUUGGCAGCGCAUGACGGCCGAGGUGAAGCGCAAGAUGGGCAUCAGCAAUGUGGCCAAUGGGGCGGGUGGUCCACUCAUGCUGCGGGUAACGACUUCGCGAAUGCGCUGCUCCAACAAGGUCAAGGAUGAGCUGGAGGCAACAGCCGGCGGCGGUGUCUAUGUGAAGACCACCGUGUUCGAGCACGGCAUCUAUGUGGAUGCCUGGAAGUCGCCCGUGUUCUUCCCAUCAUUAUCCACCAAAUGGGACGGCUCUGGCGGCGAUGAGGCGACCAUAUGUGUGCCAUUGCGCAGCCUGGAUCAGCUGGAGAACAUUGUGAUACGCAUUACGCUGGCCACCAAGCUGAAAAUGGCCAAGAAACUGGUGCUGGGCACGGUUAUAGUCAGCGGCGCUGACAACGCCUCCGAGUCGGGCAUGGAGCAGCUGCGUCUGCUGCGCGAUUCCCCGCUCAAUGAGCGCGUGGCCACGUGGCACUGUUACCACUAGCUAAGCUAGCCAACUUUAAGAAUAGUUCCAAAUCGCAGUUUGUGUUUAAGUACAUAUAUGAUUAAAUUUAUAUGCUCAAG